AUGGUGCCUUUGACUUCGUCUAACGUGCUCCGUAUUCUUUUCGCUUUUGUCGUACAAACUGCCAUGUUUCAAAACGUUUGGAUGCACCUCAUAACUGCACCACAUUUGAAGAAUAAGGCCCCCUGGAAUUUUGUUGUUCCUUUGAGCAAUUUCAUCGCUUGUUGGGCCAAGGUAACAUGCAGUUAUGAGAAAGAAGAACAUAUGCGUGGUCAUAUUAAGACCGUACCGACAUUAAUCAUUAACCCGGUUACUUCGGACCAAUCUAAGAAAUGGAACUUCAAGGAAAAAAUCAGGAAAAUGUUGGCAGUUACUCUGGAUCGUAUACUUGUUAACCGACUCAUUAAACGUCGGUCAGAACAUAUUGUUGAUACGCCGAUAUCCGGCCGCAGCCCUUUACACAAAGCUGAAGGUCUACCUGUAUACACAAGCCAACAAAACCAGCACUCCCAGGUUCCUCUAAAAGAACGAUCAGUAUGCCUGAAGACACCUAUAGCUAAAGGGUUAUCUGAAUCUAUAGCCACAAAGCAUGUUCCUAAAGGGCUGCACAAAGCAUUGGUGAUCGGCUUAAAUGGUACUUACUCCCAUGGGAAUCCUCUCGAUCACGCCAUCCAAGACGCAAAGAAUUUUGAAAGAUGUCUCCAGAAACUCAAUACCCAGUCUGAGGAUUUUCAUUUUGAGGUUGAAAUGCUGGUCGACGAGGGUGGAAAGAGUGUCCCCCGCAGAAAAAUAUUCAAGGCUUUAGAGAGAUUGUUUGGAGGAGCCCGACCUAACGAUUUGCUUAUCCUAUUUUUUUCUGGCCAUUGUGUUAGGAACGAAAUAAAUGGGGUUGUCUCUCUGGUAACUAUCGAGGAUAACGAGUCCUUUCUAUUACUUCCUUCAACGGUAUUGGUAUUUUGUUUUAAUUCAUUCGAAACGAACGUCGAGCAUUUUGAAUAG